CCCCAAUCGUGCACUAACAAAAUGACUUCCAAGCUCGUCGUCGCUUUCUGCGUCUGCCUUGCCGCCGUCGCCAACGCCGGCGUGUUCGUAGGACCGUCAGCGAAAAUCCUGCAAGGGCCUAGCAGCAAGACCACGGUGGUCGGACCCGAUGGUAGCGCCAUCUCGGCAGUGGCACCGGGCGGUCAAAUCGUCCACGAAGAACACCCGGGUGUCGUCGCUUAUGCCGCCCCCGCCGCCCAUUUGUCUUACGCCGCCCCCGCGGUAGUUGCUCACCACGCCCCCGUUGCUCACUUGGCGUACUCCGCUCCUGCUGUAGUUGCUCACCAGUCUGCAGUUGUUUCUCAUGCCGACACUAUCGUAGCUGGUCCAUCUGGUACCAUUUCGACCGGUAGAUCUAUUGGUCAGGGUGUUCCGGUAGUUGCUCACAGUGCGGGAGUCGUUGCUCACGCUGCUCCGGUAGUCGCUCACGCAUCAGUUCUUAGUAACGGUCACGAAGGACAAUACGUCCACGACUACAGCGAAUCGUUGUACGAUGACGGAUCUUACAAGCCCCAUUAUUAUCAUUAGAGUUGAACGAGUCACUGUACAUUUGUAAAUAUAGAGUUCUUC